GCGCGCGUCCGCGGAAUAUUCUGGGUAUUGGCUGAAGGCUUCGGGGAAGCUAGCAUGUAGCUAGUCAACUUCAUUGAUUAAUCUCACAAUCCAGUCUUUUUUAAAACAAGCUCUGUAAAAUUUUUAGCAAUGACACUGACUCCUCUUGUUUAUUGGGCUCAACGCCAUGAAGAAAUUUACCUGCGAGUAGAGCUGACAGAUGCUCAGAAAAUUGAUGUCCAAGUGCAUGAGAACGUCCUUCAGUUCAGAGCCCAGGGGCAUGGUGCAAAAGGACAAAAUGAAUACGAGUUCAACUUGGAGUUUCUUUUACCAGUUAAGUCAGAGGUGAGCCACAAAUCAACACAGCGGCAGGUAAAUGUCAUAGUGAGAAAAGAAAAGCGAGGCUGGUGGGAAAGGCUGACUGUACAGGAGCGUAAGCCAGUGUUUCUGGCACCAGACUUUGACCGCUGGCUAGAUGAGUCAGAUGCUGAGAUGGAGAUCCGUGAAAAGGAGGAGAGAAGGAACAGGCCAAGAGCUCUCAGGCAUAAAGAAGAUGGGUUCGUCAGCCUGAAAACUGCCUUUUUGUUCAUUUAUAACUUGGUGCAGUUUCUUGGAUUUUCAUGGAUCUUUGUUAACAUGACCGUUCGGCUCUUUAUUUUUGGCAAAGAUUCUCUGUACGACACAUUUCACACAAUAUCAGACGUGAUGUUCUUCUGCCAGAUCCUGGCAUCCGUUGAGGUCCUGAAUGCUGCUUUUGGGGUAGUCCGUACAGGUGUCAUCCCCACUGUUAUACAGGUCAUUGGAAGGAAUUUUAUCCUCUUCAUCAUUUUUGGAAGUUUAGAGGAAAUGCACCAUAGACCAGUUGUGUUUUUUGUCUUCUAUCUGUGGAGCGCUAUUGAGAUUUUUCGGUAUCCAUUUUACAUGCUGGGCUGUUUCAAUACAGAGUGGAAAACCCUCACUUGGCUGCGCUACACAGUCUGGAUACCCCUGUAUCCAUUAGGUGUUUUAGCUGAAGCUGUUGCAGUGAUACAGUCCAUUCCCAUUUUUGAUGAAACCAAACUCUUCAGCAUUCUACUGCCGAAAGCCAUUGGUACCUCCAUCAACUUCUCCUAUAUCCUCUACAUCUAUCUUGUCCUCAUGUUUUUAGGGCUUGUGACCAACUUCCGCCACCUUUACAAGCAGAGGAAGAGGCGCUACCGCACCAAGAAGAGAAAAGCAAAUUAAGACUCAUCAACAACAUUCCUCAAACACCUCUGCUGCCUGCUUUUCUCUUAACACCCUACUCCAGCCGUUUCAAUUCAGUUUUAUUAUGCUUUCUUUUCCAAAGCCAGUUUCCUGUCAACUCAUUUAUAAUUAAAAUGAAGUCUCACCAGAUAACACAGUAUUUCAUCACCGCAUACUAGUUAUUAAGUACUGAUAAACAUCAGAUGAUAUUGCUGAAGAAAUGUCAAAAGCCACAGUACUUAACAUCCUGUGUUAAACCUUUUCUCUCAUCUUUUUUUUUUAAUGUUGUAUUUUGACUGACUGCACUAUUGCAAGCACUGAUGAGACACUGCUGUAAUUUAUAAAUAACUGGUAUAUAAAUGACAUAACAACAGUAGCCCCAACAAACAGUUAUUUCUGAACAAUUCCACAAAACUCAGGGAAAUGUAUACUGGUGUCUGAUAGAAUAUAAAGUAUUAUGUGCUCCUUAUGCCCACUAAUAAAAAUAAUGUUGGUGUCUUC